UAUGGAUUCAAAUCCAAAAGAAGAAUUUCGACCUCCACAGAAGAACAACAUAGGAGAGCCUGGUAAUAAAAGGCCAAGUAUUGUAUCUGACAAGCAAGUAAAGUUGGUAGCAGAUGUACAGGCAAAGAGAAUGGAAGAUCAAAUUAACGAUGAACAUUUAAGGAGGAUUGAACAUAUGUUCCAUGAAGCUGAUACUGAUGGUGGUGGAGCUUUGGAUAUGGGCGAAUUUCGAGAAGCUAUGAAAAAAAUCAUGGGUGACAUGGAUGAUGAAGAACUUGAUAUAAUAUUCAUGAAAAUUGAUACAAACUGUGAUGGUACAGUAGACUGGGAUGAAUAUCUGAACUAUAUGCUGCUGGAGUACAGAGAAAGAGACUACAUGCAGAAACAGUCAACUUUGAUAUUUCCUAAACCAAUGAAACUUAUUCCAGUGAUUCAGCAUGAAAUAAUUGUGAAAGUUGUAUUCUAUCCAGCCAAAAAUCUUACAGUUGAAAAAAGAAAUUUGAAGGGCAGCAAAAGUGAAUCUAAAACAUUGUCAUUGACAGGAAGGAUCCUGUCUGUAAGCAAGGAUGGAAUUCUGCUUUAUUGGAGUGAAAAUUUCAAAUUGCUUCGAAGCACCCGUAUUGAGCGGAGCAGGAAACAAAGCUUGCACAACAUGUGGGUCACAGAUAUGGUGUGUCUUUAUAACCUCCACCUUCUGGCUGUAUCUUCAACUGAUAGGGAUGUUGAAUUCUUUGACGUCAGUGCUAACAAGUGUGACAGAUCAUUUUCUCUCUGUGGGCUGAAGAAUUGUAUUUUAGCAAUGGACUAUUGGUCCGAUGGAGAAAAGGCAGUAUUUUGUAUGGGUGAUACCGGAGGCAACAUAAUUGUCUUUAUUUCAUUUGAUGUGAUUGAGAAUGGUCUGUUCAACAUGUGUGCCUUUGCUUUAAAAUCAGGUGACAUGACGGAGGUGAUGUGCUUCUCCUUCAUUAUGGAUAAAGGUAAGGAGUUCAGAAAAUGUGUGGCAUGUGGCCACAAAUUGCUGUCUCAGGAUGAGUAUGAUUGGUGCAUUUGUUGCCUUGGCACGUCACACUUGAAUGCUUGGUGCUCUUCUUUUGCUGGCUUUAGUACCAGAGCUGUGAAUGAGUACCAGGGCAAGUUGGUGUUAAAAGGCUUUUUGCAUUUGGGAGAUUUUGAAGCUUCCACUUCUACUCUUUUGAAGAAGCCUGACAAGGGAGGUGUUUUGAACGGUAAGGACUUGAAUUCUGCUUACUUGACUGAUAGAGUUGAUGAAGUAUUAUGUGUUGAUUGUAUAGAGUCUGACAAUGAACCCUUUAAUGGGAAGGAAACUGUUCCUGCCUCCAAGUCUGACAAUGUCACUGGUUCAGCAUCGUACUCUGAUAAUAAUCUACCUCAUGAGACAAUUUCCAUUGGAAUAAAGAUGGUGCCAUUGUGCUUAAUGGAUACCACCAAAUAUCUUGAAAGUAUGUUUCUAAUGCUGAAUGAUACUGAUACUUUUACUGAAUGCCAUAAAAGUGACGUUGUUAAGGUUAUUCAGAAUGUACAUGAUCGUAUUCAUGAACUGUUAAUGGAAGGUGUAAAAAGCUGGUGGAUCGUGGUCUGUCCUGGGGACCUUGUUUUGCAUUUUGGUUUGGCUGUUGAACCCCUUGGACAUUUUUUGGUAUCGAGUCGUUUGUGUUUGGCCAUGGAUUCCAUCAACGACCUAUCUGCAAACUUCUCUCCAGGGUGGAGGGAUGAAUUGGAUAAAGUUCAUUCGGAACUAGCAAUACUAAAGGGUGAAAUCACCCGUUUACUCGAACUAAUGACACCGCCAACUGGUUCAGUUAAGAAUACGCCCAUUCGGGUUGGGCAGGAGAUGAUUACACCAUCACGUUCGACAUCACCACACUCACUGACUGGUAAUGCUAGUAUGGAUGAUAUACCUAACGGUCAAAGACCGACUGCUUCUUCCAAUUCGGUCUUGGCUGAAUCUACAGGGAGAAUGGGUAACAAUGGAGGCUUUUUUAACUUUUCGAAUGAAUCGGCUAACCAUCCGGAUGACGUAUAUUUAAUCUCGGGAGCGAAACCCAAGCGUUUGCCACCUACAAGAACAUACUCCGUUUUGGAGGUGCAACAGAGUGGUUUAUAUAAAAACACGCAAGGUACUGUAACUAAGACUAUGUGCAAUUCCCGAGAAGGGAACAAUGACAAUUUUAAAGUUAAUUUUGACAAAUUUUUACGUUUACCCUUUGAAUUUGGUUCUGAGGGUAAAGUUCAGGAUGGACAUAAUAAUUAUGCAAUGUCCAACUCUACUUUGAAAGAAAAGAUUUUUACUUUUGGUAAUAAGCUCACUAGAAUUAAGAAUUUGCAGGUAGAUAAUAUGUAUUUACGGAAAUGUUUAGAAUGCAAUAUUGUUCCUAUGGGGCUCAGGUUUUUCAAGCAACCCAUUGGGGUUGACUUGAAUGCCGAAAACAUUAGUAAAUGUAAUCAGAUGUUUGACAACUUUGGGAAGCAAUUCAUGGAGUUUAUUUUAGGCUGUAAUGAUCACAAGCUUGGUGGUAUGUUGAAAGAGGCAGAAGAUAUCAGUCAAUCUAUUACCAAUGACUUGGUGUUUCCACAAUGGGAAAAACUUUUUGUUAAGCAAUUUGAAUAUGCUGAGAACAGUGGUAAAAAGAGCUUUUACAGGAAAUCAAAAAAAUUUCAUAGAGAUUUAAAACAAUAUGAAAAGGGCAAUGUGUAUAGAUGGUCUAAGAGCAAUAUGGAGAAACACAAUGUCAAUAGUAUGUAUGUAGAGGGUGAAGGUUUUAACAAUUUUACUGAUGGUAAAGAUUUUUUAUCACCAGGGGGAGGGGGUACAACAGAUGGCAGGAAACAGGUUUUCCAGGAUGAUUGGUGCAACCAAAUAAAGUAUUUUCCGGAGCUGAAUGGCGUUGCUUGCUGUUCAUUAUCUGAAAAUAAAUCUAUGGUGCUUACUAUAAUCCCCCAUUCUCAGAAAUCCUCCAUACAUAUAUCAGUAUUUAGUGUGAGAAGAGGAAUUCUGUGUUUUGACUAUUCACCAGAAUGGAAUGCCCUGGUAACAGGUGGAUUUGACAGAAUGGUUCGAGUUUGGAAUCCUUAUGUUACAACCAGUGCCACAGCACAUUUGAGGGGCCACAGUGCAGCAGUUACUCAUGUUAUGGUAAAUGGAGGCAUUAACAAGAUAAUCAGCAUAUCCAAAGACAAAAACAUCCGUAUUUGGGAUCUACAUGAACACAUGUGUCUCCAGUCCAUCCAUAGUAGAAAUGUUCCUUUGGGUAAAUUUCCUAUUUCAGGGGUUUACUACAACAAGUUAUCUAACAUAUUGGUGUGUGCCACCAGUCUUAUAGGAGUUCUCUAUGGAACUGUGGAAAAUGCAUCAUUUGUCCAUCAAAAAUCUUCAUCCCAUGAACAGCCACUUUGCACUGCCCUUUACAACAGGAAUUUUAAACAGGUGGUCAGUGGAUGCCAUAAUGGUGUUGUAGCUGUCUGGGACAUCCUGACUGGUGAAAAAGUGAUGCAGUUUUUAGCAGUUCGGGAAAAAGGAUUAGAAAUUACAGCUAUGUGUUUUGAUGGUCCAGAAAGACGUCUCAUAACAGGAGCUAAAGAUGGUGCAGUUAAGCUCUGGAAUUUCAACAAUGGAGCCUGCCUGAUGGAAAUGCCUAAAUUGGAAACAACAGAAAUUACUGGCAUAGCUUAUAUUAAUCAACGGAUUUAUAUCUCUGGCUGGAGUAAAAGAGUUACGUGGUACCUAGAUGCUUCAGAAACUGAUGAAGUGGAACACAAGCGAUGGAAAUGCUACCAUUCUGAGGAUAUUCUUUCUAUGGCUUCUUACAGUGGCAAACUUCUAGCCACUGCAUCGUAUAGUGGGGAUGUUGUCAUCUGGAACAUUGACUCUGGCCAGGCUAUAAUGAGGUUAAAUGCAUGUGAAAGUCCUCUGCCCUUGCUGCCUAUUAGGGUUUUUGAUGAAAAGGUAGUAAAAAAUAGCACAGAAAAAGAAGAAAUGGAUAAUGAGAUGACAGCUAAGGAGAAUUAUGCUGGAGAAAACCUGGUGGAGAAGGAAUCAUGGGCAGUUGCAAAACUUAAGCCAUUUACUGAAAAUUCUUCAUCUACAGAAAAGUGUUUGGCAUACUCCAUCAAGUGUAGGGAUGUAGCAUCAGCACCACCUGUCCUAAGAAGAGCUGAUGGAGAUAAAAGAAGAAAAGGUCAAACUAAGCAGAUUAAUUUAAACUUGCAAGAUAAACUAAAAAUAAACAAAAUGAAGUGUAAACAACGUGACUUAAACAGUGAAUUGGAAAUACCAGCACUAGCUAUGGAAAAGGUAAAAAUAAUCAAAAAUAUCAGGUGUGUUUAUCCCAAAAUAUGCCUUAAUCUCAAGAAUGGCUUGAUUGACACAAACUCAUUUAACCCUGGAUAUGUUAGAGUAAUCUGUGAUAUUGAUGGACAUAUUUACACAGAAUUACAUAAGAAGCCUUGUCACUGCAAUCACCUUUUGUAUAAAGAUAGUAUGCAUCCACCCCACGUCUUUAGAAGUGUUAUCAGGAGUCAGUCUUUUGGGCCUUCUAGACUGAGUGUGAAAGAAUCUGACUUUAAUAUACAGACUGGGCUACUGAAAGAUGCACUAGUAUCAAGGGGAUAUAAACAUCAUGAGAUUAAUGAAAACACUGAACAAGUAGCUAAGCUAAGAGAUACUAGACCUAAGCCAUAUUUUGGAGAGAAGUAUGAGAAGAAAACUGAAAAAGAAGCAGGUAGAAACAGUAGACUGAAAGUUAUUUUCUUGCGUACCCGUGAGCGAAGCCCUACUACAGCUAUUCUACUGACCAGCAGUGCUGAUGGUUUUGUGUUUGCUUGGGCAGUCCAUACCAAAGGUGGAUUGCUUGGAAAGUUUAGAGCAGCACAGGACAAUACAACAGUUACAUCUGUCAGUGCCAUGUCUGUUGAUAUGAAAGAGCAAAUCCUUCUAACUGGAGAUUCUAAAGGAUAUGUUAAGGUCAAAGAACGACCUAGAAGUACAGUUCAUAUGAAAGGGACACUUAAGGACAUGAUUUAUUCACUUGGAAAGAAGCUGAAUAUGAUUAAUGGUAUUAAAAUGGACAAUGGUUAUUUGCAUGAAUGUAUAACUUUGAAAAUAUGGGACAUUGAGAAUUACUGCAGGCAAAUAUCUCUACAUAAUAAUGCUUCUAAUGAGGCAAGCAAAGAGAUUCAGCAGAAAAAAGUUUUGAGGCUUGCUGAUCUGAUCCCAGAAUACUGUCGACCUCCUAAACACGAAAAAAGAAUUUUGCAGCCAAACAAAGAGAUUCAAGAUGGCUGGACAGCCACUUUAGUUCCUCCAGAGCUGCUGUGUUCGUGGAGGGGACACCUCAGGGCCAUAGUCCAGGUUGAGUAUGUUGAUAGGUUUAAGCUGAUAGUCACUGCCAGCUAUGACUGCAACAUCCGGUUAUGGACUCUGUCCGGAUCAUACAUAGGCACAUUUGGAGAGUCUGUAUGGCAGAUUGGUGAAGAUCUUUCAGUACCUAAAGAGCUGCCAUCUGAUAUCAAGAAAGUUGGCUCUAAUCAGACGUUAAAAGUACUGAACAAAGGUGCAUAUCCACAUUGGGAAUGUGCUCGCAAUAUUCUUUCUUCUUUGACCCAUCAGAAAAGACAGCAUGCCUUGUUAAUGAACUUCAUGCAUGGCAAGUCAGGAAUGGACUCAGAUACUAGUUCAAAGCUUAAGGAACUGCUUCAGAAAGACUCACGUAUAGCAAAAUAUACUCCGGAACAAAUUGAUGCUACUUGGGAGAAGUGGAAAAUCAAGGGACAACAGAAAAGUGACAUUUUGGGCCAAUCAUAUAAACAGAAAAUUAGACAUCGUAUGUCAUCCUUAUUGCUACCAGGACUUAAACCUGCAAGUUUCAAAGAGCAACACUUUAAUGUGGUUAAAGUGGGUGGAGCUAAUUUUUAA